UUUCUCACCAAAGUAUCAAUUUUCUCCCUCAUACUUCCCUGGAGGACGCGAGAAACUGUUUUCACACAAUCUCUAAACGCUUCUUUUACCCCUCCCCCCUCCUCCCUCCACCCUCUAUGACAGAAUUCCCAUUCCUUCCAUUCCUUCCAAAUCACCUCUGCUCUUCACCCUCCCUUCUCUCUCUCUCUCUCUCGAUCGAGCUGUCCAUCAUCUAAGAUAGAAAAUUAAAUCAGUGCAGCACAACCACUGCAACAAGUACAAGAGCAUGAAGCAAGAAGAAAGAAGCAUCAGAACCAAGUAGGAGAAGAAGACACUAAACAAGAUAUAGAGAGAUUAGAAAAAUUAGAGCUUUAUUUGUUACCACCCUUUUUCAAAAAACAGAGAAAGAAUGGAGCUGUUUCCAGCACAUCCUGACCUUUCAUUACAGAUAAGCCCCCCGAAUGGAAACAAACCCAGUUCGAAAUGGAACAACACGACAGAAACAGAGGCCAUGCAUUUGGAGUUUUGGAGCAAAGCCUUCGACGCCAACUCCACCACCACCAGUACAGCCUCCAAGUCCUCCGUUGCCACUGCUAGCUUCGACCUCUCCCUCUCAAACCAAACUCUGUCCAACCGCCAUUCUCUUUUCCUCCAUGAACCACACCAUGGCAAAGAUCUCUCCUUUCUUCGUCCCAUACGCGGCAUCCCAGUUUACCAUUCCCCUCCUUCCUUUCCUUUCCCUCAACAAAAUCAGAGACUUAACUAUCCCUUAGACUCCUCGAGGAUAUCGCCGUCGUCCAGGUUUCUCCCUCGGUUUCCGGUGAAGCGCAGCAUGAGGGCUCCCCGAAUGCGCUGGACUUCCACUCUCCAUGCUCGUUUUGUUCAUGCUGUCGAGCUCCUCGGCGGCCAUGAAAGAGCAACCCCAAAGUCGGUUCUCGAGCUAAUGGAUGUGAAAGAUCUCACCUUGGCUCAUGUGAAAUCCCACCUACAGAUGUAUCGGACUGUCAAAACCACUGAUAAGCCUUUAACAGGUCAAGCUGAUCCACUUGAGACCUUUGAUGACAACUUGCUGGAUUUAAACAAUAUUGUCAACGGAUCUGAAUCUUCAGUUGAGAAUGUAAAGUCGGCAGGGCAAAAUAGCACUAAUUUUUAUGCCUUAUGGAGCAAUUCUUCGAGUAGGGAAGACCUAUUGCUUGACAAACCAAAGGGCUAUACCUCAGCAGGGAGAGGGAGAUUGUCAACUUGUGAGAGUGAGACACAAUCCAGAAGCUUUGAAAUGAUAUCAGAUCUUAACUCUUCCUGCCUUUCAGAGACCAGAUCGAAGGAGCCCAAUAUCGAGUUCACAUUAGGGAGGCCUUUUUAAUCAAACUGUAUGUCUAUGUGCUUCCAUCUAUCUAUCAUUUGUAUCAAGAGAUUGAUACAAACCCAAAGUGAGUGAGUGAGUGAGUGAAUGUGUGUGCGUGUGUGUGUGUGCGUCAGAGAGAGAGAGAGAGAGAGAGGAAGUGAAGUGUUUGCAAAAGCACAACAAAUUAGAAGAGAAAAAGGCCAUGUUCUAUAGUUUUAACUUGUCAUUUAGUUUUUGGAAGUAAAAUGUGUUAAAAGUUAUGAUGUCAAGAUUUUCUUCCAUAAAA